GUGAGUCCUGGGCAGAUGCAGGAUCUGAACACCUGGAGGUUUCUCUGACUCUCUCUAACAGAUUUGAUAUUUUCGAGGAGUCGGAUCAACCUGAUGCCAGAGGACUGCUGCUCAGCACCAAACAGCUGAUCGUUGAUGUGAUCAGGACUCAGUCAGGUGACUCUCUCAGUGACAUCCUGAGAACAAAGACCUCACCUGGCCAGGAAGUGCAUCAUGACUGGCUGAUGAUGCGUCGAGCUCAACAGGACGCUCAAACACCUGAGAAGCUGAAGAGGAACCAGUCGCUGGUUGCCAAUAGCAACCUGAGUCUGUUGGAGAAGAAGAGGAAGAUCCUGCGGAGUCUUCAUCGUCUGGAGGGGCUGGGGGUCCUCAGACCACCUCAGACCCACAACCAGAUCCUGCAGAUGAUUGCCAAG